UUAUUCAAUGACUUAACGAGGGAGGCAAACGGAAUUGCAGCAAGAUGGCGGCCAUGUGGUCGUGAAACCGGCUCGAAGAAAAUUCGUUUGCAUCUAAGAACGCGCGCAUUUUGUUCUUUAGCGACCACACAUAUUUGCCAAAUAUAAGAGAAAAAUGGAAAAGGACAAAAAGGAACAAAAUGAGAAACAAAGUAAAGAGAAAGAUGCUGCACCUAGUACAUCAGGUUCAGCAAAGAAGAGGAGGAAGUCAGUAGAUGUUGAACCGAGAACUCCAUUGAAGAGACAGAGAGUUCCUGUCCAAAGGUUCCAGUCCCCAACAGAGGACCUCAUACCCAUCAUAAAGGCCAAAACACCCAAGAAUGAGGUGGAACUGGUGUACAAAAAGGGUGUUUUCCUUGCUGUCAGGGGGGAUGCAGGAAGUUUUUACUUAUGCAGAACCCAACAGAAUGUGUUUCAGAACACAAAACAUUUCAAAAUUCAGUGGUUGGACAAGGACGAGAAAAGCGAUGUGUACAAGUUUGACUUUCUGGACCACACUGAGAUAGAGUGUGUGCUCACCAAUGUACGCAUGGAAAGAGUGGCCAGGGAAACCUACGAGCUCCCAGAGGCAGAGAAGUCCAGAAUUGAGCUCAUCUUGUCGAAAGCCUUGAAGAAGGAGAAAGGGGAGCCUUAUGAAGACCUGGUUAUUGACACUGAGGAAGAAAUCAGUAAUGAAGAAGAUGAAGAGGAUGAGGAUGAGGAUGAUGAGCCUGUGCCAAAGAAAGGGAAAGCUAAAAAGAGCAUUACUGUUGCUUUCAAAGAAGGUAAAAAUGGAAAAAAGCAGCAGCCACCUCGAGGAAGGUCAAGAAAGAAGGAAUUUAAAGAAGUAGAGGUAAAGAAAGAAAAGAAAACUGCCUCCCCAGGAAAGAAGAGAGGGCCAGAUAAAAACCUCUUGCCAAAUCCCAAAAUCAAAAUACUGGAGAAAGAUCCUCUGUUUGAAACAAAAGAUCAUGUUCCCUUCAUCUCAAAGAGGGCACACCAGCGUCUAGUUUUCCGAGCAGUGUUUCAAAAUGACAUUGACCUCUUGAAACAGUUACUAGAGGACGACCAACACAUACAUGAUAUUGAUGAACAUCGAUCAAUAAUGGACAUUCGGUCUCCAUUGCAUGUUGCCUUAGAACAGAACAACAUUGAAGCUUUCAAGUUACUUUAUGAAGACAUUCACAAGAAGGAGAAUAAGCGUCUGAAAAGCGGAUGUUUGCCUAUACUGUUGUCUGGUAUUGACACUGGAAGAUACAACCAAGCAUCUCUGGGUGUUAGAGCAGUGAUAAAACUUAACACAUCACGUGGUAACAGAGAAGGAAAUGCAGCUUUCCUUAAGGACAUAGAUAUGGAGGAUGUGGAGAAUAUUGAUUUGGUCAAACACUGUAUGAUAAAAGGGGUAAAGAAAGAAACAAUGGAUGCAUUCCUACAGACAACCAAUAAUAGUAACUAUUGGGAUGUUAUUAGCAAGAUUCAUAUUGCUGUGAGUCGUGGGCACUUAGAACUCUCUGGAAAACUAAUGGACUCUGCCUUUGAAAAGGGAGGAUUUGGCUUUAAUUUUCUACACAGAGAUGUUUUAAACUUUACAAAUGAAGAUCUCAAAUCAUUUGCAAGUGCUUCUGUCAGGAAAAAGCCAAAUGAUAAUGCUUUGAUAAACCCAAUGCACUGUGCUUGUAUAAAUCCUAAUGUCAAAUACCUGGAAAAGCUCCUCUCUGUGGAGCCGGAUUACACCAUAGAAGACAAGUAUGGCCGUAAGCCCAUUCAUUUUGCUGCAGCCUGUCAGGGCACAGGGCCCCUGGAACUCCUGCUUCAGAAAGGAGCCACCCCAAAUGAAGUGACAAAGAGAAAAGUCACUCCAUUACAUUUUGCCUGUUAUGCUGGGCGAGUUAAAAAUGCUGAAAUUCUCCUUGAAAAAGCUAAAUCAAUAAAUACGGAUAAUCAGUUGAUGUCUAAAUGGGGUGAAGGAGGUGUGAACAGACCUACCUGGGAAUCUAUCUGUCCAAUACACAUAGCUGUACAAAAUAAUGACAUGGAUCUCCUCAAUCUCCUUCUGAAGUAUGGGGCAAAUGUCAACAAACAAUUAUCAGCUGGCAAAGACAAGUUGUCUCCCUUGAUGCUGGCAGCUGCCCAUGGGCACCUGGACAUAGCAAGAAGGCUUGUUCAGGCGGGGGCCACUGUGGAACUGCUUGACAAAUACAAAAGAUCUGCCUUAACACAUGCCGUCAUGAAUGGCAAUGCCAAUGUGGCAUCCUAUUUGUUAUACUUGGGAUCAGAUCCAAACCGAGUAGAUAGUUCCGGGAAUUCCCUGACUCACUAUGCAGCUGCGUAUGGAUGGUAUUUUGUUCUCAAGUUGCUCGUUAAUGAGGGUGGAGCUAAGCCCAGUGUGGCUAAUGAUUGGCAGCUUACUCCUGUUGGGAUAGCCUAUUUAAAAAGUCACAUUGGAUUGGUCGACUUUCUACUCAAGAUGCCAGGAGUUGAUGUGAAUUUUAAAAAUGACACAGGUCAGACCUUAGUCAGUUUUGCCUGCAGCAAUUUAAUAACGAAAGGCCUAGUAGAGCAAGUUUCCUACAUUUUGGACAAGGGAGCAGAUCCCACGAUCGUUGACAUCGAUGGACUUAAUGCACUACAUCAUUUAUGCGAUAAUGAUGAAGAGUGGGGAUACAAUGAUUCAAGAAUGGACAUCACAGUUACAAUAGCUAAGUUAUUGAUAAAGUAUGGCUGUAACCCAAAAGCCAAAUCUACCAAGAGGCAAACCGCUAUCAUGUUAGCACUAGCCAAGGCCAAUACAAAGCUGGUGAAAUAUUUGAUUGAAGAAGGAGGUACUGUGACACCAGAGAAGAAUGACAAGGGGCAAAAUUCUUUACAUUUACUGACCAAACACUGUACAAGCCAUGAAUUAGCUUCUCUGUUGAGGACAUUUCAUAAAGAAGCAUCUAAGAAUGAUGUAAAAGAAAAUGGCAUUGGAGAUGAAAGCAUGGAAGUCGAUGGGGUGAAAAAAAGUCCCUCUGCUCCAAAGGUGCCGUCUCUGAAGAAACAAGCCUCUUUCCAGUCUGCACUGAGUGUGCUGCAACAAAUGGUGAAUGAGUAUGAUGACCAGGGAUUCACCCCACUUCUGUUGGCUUGUGAAAUGUAUAUGAAUUAUACAAAACCUCCUAAAAGAAAUAAUGAGCCGGAGAUCACUGGCGACCAGUGGUGUCUGGAUUUUAUUAAGACACUGAUUGACAUCACCAAAGUGGACUGUAACCAGAGUGUGAAGGAAGUGGAGAAAGGCAGACACAGUCUGUAUAACCCACUGCAUUUCAUGGUCCAUGCAGCUUCAAAAUGGGACACUAAAAGGAAGGGAGUCACUUUUUUCCUCUCAGAGAAAAUGAAUUUAGAAAGUGCUGAAAGUGGGGGGAAAACACCUCUGGCUUUGGCUGCAACAUCAAAGUUGUUUGAAGUUGUUGAAAUGUUGGUGGAUGCAGGAGCAAAGGCAGAUACACAGUAUUUUGUGGAUAAAGAGAAAGGAACCAAAGUGAGCUUGGUCAAUACAGUUGCAUUGAGUGGUUCUGUCCAAACAAUGACAUGUUUACUGGCAGCUUUAAAUGACAUUUCAAAAUGUCAAAAUACAGAAACCAUGAGAACUCCUUUGCAUGAAGUUGCAUUCAGAAAAGGGUCCACGGGUGAGGCUAUGGUGCAGAAGGUCAACAUCUGUGAGGCUCUGCUGAAGGCAGGGGCGUCGGUUAACGCCAGGGACAAGUGGAACAGGACGCCUCUACACUACUGUGUCAGCAGUAACCCUGGGAAUGCCGACGCCAGCACCGCCAUGGAGGAACUCCUUUUGGAGAAUAAAGCUGAUCUCUUCCUGAAGUGUUAUCUGGGCAGAUUACCGUUACAUUACGCUUUCGAUAAAGUGGAUAUGUUUGGUCAGUCCUCUGCUCUUGACCCCAUUGAGCUGUGUAGUGUAUUGACCGGUGCCAUGAAGGGUGAGCACAUUGAUGAUGGAGACAGAAACAUUCAGUCCGCUCUCCACUUGGCGGCACAGAGAGGGGCCACUAUCUGCUGUGUCCACCUCCUGCAGCAGAAAAAUGUGGAGAUAAAUAAAAAAGAUAUUAAUGGAAAUACACCCUUAUCUCUGGCUGUGAGCAAAGGUCACGACAGUUGUGCUUUAAUGCUGAUUCAAAAAGGAGCCAGUGUGAAUGAGAAAGUAGUAAAUGAGGCUCUGAAUUAUGAAGAACGGUCAAAGACUGAUAAACAUCCAGAGCCUCAUAUCUGGGUGUGGAAGCAAGCCAAGCCUGUGGAAGUGAAAGAGAAAAAGGAGUUCUCCAUUUUCCAGGACUGCAUUAAGAAAGAACAACAGGGUGUAGCAUACAUGGUUCUAGAAGCAGGAGAUAUCAAUGCUUCUAUGGUUGAGGCAGCUUUAAAAGUGAACAAAUUCAAUGUGGCAUUACGAGUCUUAAAGAAGAUCAAAGAUAACAGUAAAGUACAGAUGUUGAAUGCCAAGAAACAGAACCUGUUUCACAUUCUAGCCCUAUGUAGCAGCUCAGAAAACCAGGCAGUUCUACAAUAUCAGGUUGCAGAAGCCUUGAAGGCCCGUGGAGUAUCAUUGAGUGAAACAGAUGAAAAUGGUUGUAUCCCUAUGCACUAUGCAGCUUUAAAGCACCAACCCUACAAUUUAGCCAAAUUUUUUAUAGACAAUGACAAAACCUUUGAGCCAAAUAAGAAAGAUAAAUUUGACAGGACGGUAUUGGCAGCUUACUUAUGGGGCAUGGACCUCACUCAAGCUUUGUCAAUGGAAAACAAACAAUGGUUUAAGCUUUUGACAGAGAAAGGAUCAAGCUACGACUUUUUGUGUGAUUUCCCCUUGCCUGAUUAUCCAGCAUUUGAUGUUAUCUCAACAGAGACCACCGACUAUUUUACCACCGCUAGCUCAUAUCGAAUCUCGCCCCUUAUCGUGGCCAUCAAUAGUUUUCAUUUUGAACUGAGCAAGUUCCUUCUUCAGAAUGGAGCGUCUUGUAACUUUGCAGACAGUCAGGGUGUAACUCCACUGAUGCAUACUGUCAAAAAGAACGAAAUCAAUCUUGUCAAAUUGCUGCUCAAUCAUUCCUAUUGUCAUGAUGAUGGACAACAACCAGAAGGCCAGAGAAAGGGAGGUUUCUCUUUGUCAAAACAACAUUCUCGCCAGAUCUUCCAGAUCAAACCCAUACAGGAGUUGCCUGAUGAUGAUGAGGAUGGUGAUGAAGAUGAUGAAGAAGAAGUGAAUGAACCAUCAGAAGCUGACCAGGAUAAGGAAGCGGAAGAUAACCAGGAAGACGAAGUGGAUAAAGAGGUGGAUUAUGAAGUGGAUAACUUUGAUCAUGAUGAUGAAAGCGACAGAGACACAGAUAUACUGGAUGCCAGUGAUGAGGAUGAAGAUGAUGAUAAUGAUGAUGCAGAUGUUCCAGAACGAUUUCCUUUUAUUGUCAAAGUGGCCUCUAAGGAAGAUGACAAAGAAAAGAGUCCAUCAGAAAAUGAAAAAUGGUGGAAAGCUAACCAAGAUAAAACAAUAAUCAAAACCAGCGAUGUGAAUUUGAAUGCCACAGAUAAUCAGGGGUGGACAGCAGUACAUCACACUGUGUGUCCGUUAGAGUUAGGAACAUUUGAUAACAAAGAGAUUCUGACUGUUCUGGCUAAUUGUAAUGCAGAUAUUCAAAAGAAAGACCGUGCAGGAUUAUCUCCCCUUGAUCACGCUUUGAUCCGUGGGGCGUGUAAACUGGCAGCUCUUCUCCAGAAACUCUCCAAUGUGCCGGAGGAUAAAAUGGAAAAACCAACAUUUGCAAGUAAUUCUGACUUGCAAGACCCUCUGUUAAGUGCUGACAAGGUGGAUUAUAGUGCUGAUGCAGAGACUCUGCUGAAGAAAUAUGCUGCAGAGGAUAUGGAAGUGGAUGGGAAGCAAGAAAAGAUGGAUUCUGUCGACAGUUUUUGUGCUAUGAAGAAAGUAGGAGAGGUUGUAAUGGAUGAGUCUCAGGGAAUAGCUUACGAUGCAUUGUUAUCCAAGGUGGAUGUCAGUCAGGGAUGGUGGGGGAUGUACAACUUCUAUCGCCUUCAGAUUGUUUAUCAGAAGGGGAUUGACUUGUAUAUUCUGUUCACACGCUGGGGUCGGAUUGGGGACAGUGGCCAGUAUCAGCAUACUCCAUUCCACGCCAAGUCUGAAGCCGUGGCCGAGUUCUGCAAGGUCUUCAAGUCAAAGACUGGCAACACAUGGGCCAGUGUCAAAAGCUUUGUAAACCAUCCAAAGAAAUACCGACUAGUAGAAAGAGACUCAAAUCCUAUGAAGGCUCGUGAAGUAGAAUUCUGUCUCAAUUCGGACAUUCCUUCCAAAAUGCCAAAAGCUGUACAGGAGCUCAUAAAGGAAAUGUCCAGUGUGAGCAUGUUGGAUGCAGCAACCAAAAAGUAUGGGUUGGAUGAGGAGUUAAUGCCCUUUGGUCAGCUCAAAAAAGAUGCCUUACUUGCUGGAAAGAAAAUACUCCUUCAGAUCGGAGAGGCAUUAAAAAGAAUAACUGCAAAGAAGGAUACGGGGUCCAUUUCUGUGGAAGAGGAAGAGAAGGAGCGUGUAGAGAUUGGGAAACUCUCCAAUGAAUUUUUUCACUUGGUUCCCAUGAGAGGCUACACCUUUGAAAAGAUAAGGCCCAUCCUUGAGGGUAAACAACUCAAAGAGAAGAUAGAGCUGGUGCACCAUUUGAUGGAGCUUGAGUGUGCUAGUAAAAUACUGCUAGGGGCACAGGCAAGAUUAAAAGAAUUGAAUCCUCUGGAUUAUGUGUACCAGGCCAUUGGUUGUGGGAUCUCGCUGCUUGAUGAGGAGAGUGCUGAGGCCCAGUAUAUCCUCAAGUACAUCUACAGUUCUUGUCAUAGCACUGAUGUUCAAGCAAUCUACAAAAUCUGUCGCCCGGGUGAGGAAGAGGAAAUGCGAAAUCUAGGUUUUGAUAACCACAAGCUCCUCUGGCACGGCAGUGGUACAUCCAACUUCAUUAGUAUACUACACAGAGGUCUGCUGGUCGCCCCCACAGGAAUCCCAAUUACUGGUCACUUGUUUGGAGAGGGGAUUUAUUCAUCAGAUUCCUUUGCCAAAAGUAUGAACUACUGCUACAAUACCAGCAGUGAUUCUGAAGUAAAACUUGCUUUAUUAUGUGAGGUUGCUCUAGGUAAAGAACAGAUUAAGGAACCUAAUAGUGGAUAUUUUGAUAGCAAAUUAAAUGAUACUGACUUCAGAAGUCGUGUUGUGGAGGGUAAAAAGCGGCCUGAUGAGGACUUCACAGUGACCAUGCCUGGAGGAUAUAGCAUCCCUCUUGGUAUGUUGGAAGAGACAGUGACAAGGAACGAUAAAUUUUUCUAUAACUACACGACAUACACAGAAUACAUAGUAGAGGAUCCGCGGCAGGUUUGUCUGAAAUACCUGGUACAGUUCACCAAGGGCAGUGCAAGAUAAUACCGACCCCCAGUACUAACACUGGCUGGACAGGGGUCAGGGCUAACUCAUGGAGGCUUGCUCUCUGUAAACCUUGUAUGCUCAUAGUUAUCAUUCAGGUACAAAAACAUGGAUCAUUUACUCCCGACAGUCCACACAAAUCAAAUAACUUGUUAUCACUGUACAUUAAUGUACAAAUAUGUUGAUGUCUGGCACACUCUGUGGUGAAUUUGUUGGACUGCGUUUUUUGUGUCGAGAAUUAUUAUUAGAAACAAUGAUUUCUAUUCUACUUUAUUAUCACUGAUAUGAGAUGUGUGGUAGAUCCAGUAUUGUUGACCUAUGGUGGAAAUACUGCUCUGUUGUUUGUGAUAUAUUGAGUUAUGGUAGCUAUGUUGUUCUCAUCUAUGUGUAGAUCAUCUCAUUAUUCAAAGACAAGAAUUUUUCUCUUACCAAUCUUUGUCACUUUGUAGAGUUUAUGCCUGUACUACAUAUGCUUUUGAUUGACUUCGAAGCAUGUUCAAACUGGUUUUUUUUUAUCUCUUUCUUCCUAUAUAAAACAAAGAUAGGUUAUUUCAUUUUAUACCUUUAUAUAAGUUAAGGGGAAUUAUCCCACUUCAUUUACAGAGAUGAAAUAAUUUUGUGUGCAAUCUAUUGUGUGAUGUCAGACUUUUACGAAUCAAGAUUUGACACGCAAAGUUUGUUAUCUUGAUUAGAUUUACUUCUCAUAAUAAAGUAAAUAAGUAUUUGAGAUUUUUUUUUGAUAGAUUUGAACUAGAAAUCAUUCAAUAUCAAAAUUGUAUAUAUAGUAUAUACAUUGUACCUAUCUAUUAUAACGUUUGUGUUGUCAGCAGUUAACAAGAUUGGUUUCUAACUGUUGAUAAUUCUUAUAGAGCUAUUAUUAACAUAGGUAGUCAUUAAUAAUUUUUACUUCGAAAUAUUUUUUAAAGAGGAUGGUACUACAUGGAGUAAAUAUUACAUUAAAAAUUAAAAAAUAUAUGCAGUAGUCACUUUUAAAGUGCUAUUUUAAAUGAAAGAGAGAAUUAUUGAUAUAAUUUUAUAUAUUUAUUGGAGAUUAUGAAAUUUAUCUAUCACAAAUUUUGAAUUUUUUGUCUUGUUAUAUUUUUGGUACUUUCAUACACAGUACUAUAUUAAUCAGUUUUAGAGGAUUUGAAUCUUGUAGAGAUUUUACUUUUUCAUACAUGUACUUUUCUGUAAUUAUUGAGCACUAAUAUUUUUUUGAAACACUUACAUAUCAUGAAUAUUUGUGAAUCAAAUAUAAAGCUGUCUUUUUGUUUCUAAUUGAUGUAGAUAAGACAUUGAUGUAGAAUUUGUAGUGAAUGUUGUGAGGCCAUCUUGGAGCUGUAAUUGGUGUACAUGUAUAUAUCAUCUCUGUAGCUUGAAUGUAACAUCAUAACAAAUUGUAUUUUGAUAUAUCCCAAUAAAUCUGAAAGCUCC